UGUGAUGUGGAAGCAAUGGCUGCCAAUGAGAAGCCUUCAGAGAUUAUACGAAAGGCCCAAAGAAAACUAACAGCUGUUCUUCAAACAGAUCCAGAGGCUGUCUUGAGUGCGGUAGAUGCCCAUCUCCUGAUUACGGAGAGAGAGUACUUCACACUGAGUCAAAUAAACGAUCCACAGAAGCUAAUAGAGACACUGAUUGAAACAGUACUCAAAAAGGGAGAAUUGGCCCAUGAGCAAUUUCUAGAUUGUAUGGAAAACCUGCAACACACAUUUCCAGGCUUAGAACCAAUUUCUGAGUAUGUAGAAGAUGAUCCCAAUAAUGGAACUGAGAAUCCAGAAGCUGCAAUGUUCUCAGAGAAAAAGAAUGGACCAGAAGAUCCAGAAAUGGUUGUAUCGUCAGUGAAAAAGAAUCUUCCUGAGAGCCCAGAAGCCCCUGAACCCUCAGAGAAAAGGAACGGACCCAAGAACCCAGAACCCAACACAUCCCCAGAGAAAGGGAGCAGAGCCGAGAGCCCAGAACCCGACACAUCCCCAGAGAAAGGGAACAGAGCCGAGAGCCCAGAACCCGACACAUCCCCAGAGAAAGGGAACGGAGCCGAGAGCCCAGAACCCGACACAUCCCCAGAGAAAGGGAACGGAGCCGAGAGCCCAGAACCCGACACAUCCCCAGAGAAAGGGAACGGAGCCGAGAGCCCAGAACCCGACAGAUCCCCAGAGAAAGGGAACAGAGCCGAGAGCCCAGAAACUGACACAUCCUCAGAGAAAGGAAAUGGAGCCAAGAGCCCAGAAGUCACCAUAUCUUCAGCAAAAGGAAAUAGAGCUGAGAGCCCAGAAGCUACUGCAUCCUCAGGAAAGGAGAAGGAAUCUGAGAUCCUAGAAACUUCUGCAACCUCAGAGAAAGGGAAAGGAGUGAAAAGCCCAGAAGUCCCCCCGACUUUAGAGAAAGAGAAUUCUGAAGAGCAAUUGUUCCUACAAACCCCAAAUGAACUUACCGGACCUUGGAACCAGAGAAACAUGCCGGAGUCAGCACCAGCUGAUGACCUAUUGGCAGCGAGGACUAUUGAGAAGGAACCAGAGGGAGCCACUCCAUCAAGAACACCAGUCAAAGGGAUUUGUGAUUUAGAAAAAUCUGCUGGUGAAAAACCCUCAGAGAUUAUACGCAACAAAAGAAAAAAGUUAAUUGAAAUUUUUCAAAAAGACCUAGAACUCAUCUUGGAUGAAUUACUCUCCCAGUCCAUUGUCACAGAGGAGGAAUACAAUACCUUGGAUAAAACAGAGGAGGAUCCCAAGAAGAAAAUAAGAAAAUUGUUGAUUCUGAUACAGAAAAAGGGGGAAUCAGCCUGCCAGCAAUUUCUGGAGUGUUUAGAAAUUGUAUUUCCAGAGGAGAAAGCUGACACCCCGCAAGUACCAGAGCUGGUAGAGAAAGAUCUUCCUAAAGAUUCUUUAAUUCAGGAGCAAGAAGUUGCUAUUCAGCAAGACCCAGAACAAAAGCAAAAAGACCUUCCCGAAGAGAGAAGAAAAGCAUUCAGAGAAGUUCUCUCCAAAUUAAAAUUACAGAAGUAUGAAAGCAGAAAGCUCAGGAUGAAUGAUGUCCUGGAAAUCAACUCAGGAAGUUUAAAGGACCAGACUCCUCGAAAAUUAAGAGAUUUACCAUGGCAAUUCCUGAGGAAGGUCAUGGCUUUGAAUGUGACAGCCAGAAGCACAAGCUUUAGGUGUGGGUCACCUCAUGAUCAAGGAACCAGGGUGGGUGAGGAGGAACAAGGUAUCGAUGAACAAAUUUUCUUUUUUAGUGACUCUGACACUAAAGUCUCUGUGAAUCCACUUGAUCUUCUCUGUGCCAUUCUGCUUUGCUCAGACAGUUUCCUGCAGCAGGAGAUCCUGUCCAAAAUGUCCAUGUGCCAGUUUGCCCUCCCUCUGCUGCUACCUGCCCUCGAAACCCCCAAGUGCACCCUACUGCUGUGGGCCAUGAGGGACAUUGUGCGGAAGUGGAGGCCGCACUCCCUGGCAGAGAGCAGAGGUUUCCGAGAGGAGAGCCUGGUGCUCACGUCAAUGCCAACCAUUUCCUUUGUACGGAUGGGGAGCUGUAGCUUCUCAAAGUCCAAACUCCUCAAUGAGGUUCUCAGCCCCUCCCAGCAGCACCACGAUUUCUUUAUCCAUCAGGAUUUGUCAUCUGGGAACGUCCCUCGAGAAAUCGCAGAUGGGUUGAUAGAAAUUUCCUGGUUUUUCCCUGGUGGGAGGAAGAAUUUGGAUCUUUUCCCAGAACCUGUGGCAGUUACAAAUCUACGUGGAGACAUUGAAUCUCACUGGCUGCAGUUUAGCUUUUUAACAGAGGUCUCCUCAGCUGUGUUCAUUUUUGCUGAAAACAUCACUGAAAGAGAGUACACUCUAUUAUCAUCUUUGAAAGAAUCCACAACUAAAUACUACUUCAUUCUCAACCGCCAGGCUGGGAAAUCCAGUGAAACUCUGGCAUUCCUUAACAAAUUAGCCCCUGUGCUGAAAUUGAAAAAUUCACAUAUGCUGAUGAAAGAUAGCAGCACAAAUACAGCAAAAUUUGUGGAAAAGCUGCAGUCCACCAUACAAAGCAUAAUGAACUCUUCUCCCAAGAGGACAGGUAUAGAAGACAUGGCUGUGACAGCACGUGAACUAGGAAUCCAAAUAGAUGAAGACUGUGUGGAAUGUCAGACCGCGAGCAACUGUGUUAAAGAAAUCACCACAGAAAUAAAGGAUGUAGCAUAUUACAAACAAGAAAUGCUGAGGCUCCAAGGAGAUUUAUGGAAAAGCCUGGCUAAAGUGGAAAAAGAAAUGUGCCAAAUGAGAAGGCAGGGAGAUAUCCCUGCUGAGAAAUAUAAAUCUCAGCUGAAAGAUAAAAUGUUGGAAUUACGUAAACAACAGAAUAAAUGUGACCUUACUGAUGGUUUGACUAAAUUCAUUGAUGCAAUACAACAUCUACUUCUAUUAGAAAAACAUUAUUUCCUGAAAUGGAUGAAAUUUCAGCUGGAUCACAUUGCUAGGGGGAAUCUUUCUAAACUACGGGCUGAAUACAAAGAGAAAUGCAAGUCUUUAGGAGAUGACCCCAAACAGUUGGCAGAACUAGAUAAAUUAAUAUCUUCCACUUCUUUAGGGGUUGAGCAUUUCAUGCGUGAGUUGGGUCAGUUUUAUGAGGCAGAAUGCUCAAUGGUUAAAGAAGGCAAAAUUCUAAAAAGUGGAAGGCAAUUCACCCACCUCCCAGGCAUAGCAGCUGACCUGAUGCUGGAAGGGUUUCCUAUUGAGCUGAUUGAUGGAGAUGCAUCCAACAUCCCACUGCAGUGGGUGACAGAUGUUCUGAGUCAGCUCCAUGCCAAGCUGAAGGGAAGGUCCAAAAUGCUGGUUCUAACAGUGCUGGGAGUGCAGAGCACUGGGAAAUCCACCCUCCUCAACACCAUGUUUGGCCUGCAGUUUGCAGUGAGCAGUGGCCGAUGUACGCGAGGAGCCUUCAUGACGCUCAUUAAAGUUACAGAGAUCUUAAAAAAGGACCUGGGCUGUGAUUUCAUCCUGGUGAUAGACACAGAAGGCUUGAAAGCCCCUGAAUUGGCCAAACUGGAGGACAGUUAUCAACAUGACAAUGAGCUGGCCACACUGGUGAUUGGACUGAGUGACAUAACCAUUGUUAACAUGGCCAUGGAGAAUGCCACUGAAAUGAAGGAUGUUCUGCAAAUUGUGGUCCAUGCCUUUCUCAGAAUGGAAAAAAUAGGGCAUAGGCCAAACUGCCAGUUUGUGCAUCAGAACGUCAGUGAUGUGUCUGCGCAUGAACAAAACAUGAGGGACAGGAAACACCUCCUGGAGCAGCUGAAUGAAAUGAUCAAAGCUGCAGGAAAGAUGGAAAAACUAAACAAGGAAAUAAAAUUUUCUGAUAUCAUGGAGUAUGAUCUGGAAAAACACAAUUGGUACGUCCCUGGGCUGUGGCAUGGAGUCCCUCCCAUGGCUCCGGUGAAUAUGGGAUACAGUGAAAAAGUGUAUGAGUUAAAGAGGUAUCUGUUUGAAUUCAUAAAGAACCGUUCACUUAAAAGAACCCCUAAGGACAUUCCACAGUUUAUUGAAUGGGUGAAGAGUCUGUGGAAUGCUGUCAAACAUGAGAACUUCAUCUUCAGCUUUAGAAACAGCCUCAUAGCUGAAGCCUAUAACCAGCUGUCUGUGAAGUAUUCUGAGUGGGAAUGGGAUUUCCGCAAGGAAAUGCACCUCUGGAUAACUGAAAAAGAAACUGCAAUUCAGAAUUUUUCUCCCGAUGAACUAGAAGCUGAUAAGUCACAAUAUGAAAUGCAACAAAAACUACAGUGUGGAGAACAGAGAAUUCUGGAGCUUUUAAAACAAUAUUUUGAAAGUGGAGCAGCAAAUUUGCAUCUGAUAGAAAAGUACAGGGAAGAUUUUAUCAGAAGUGCAAAGAGCCUGAAGACUGAGCUGGAAAGUUAUUCAUUUAAGAAAUGUAAGGAAGCCAUCCACAUUAAAAAAGGCCAGCACAAGAUAGCCAAUAUCCAGUCUGAGUACAUGAAAGUAAUUGAAGGGAAAGUGGACAUGCUUUUAGAACAAUGCAGGAGAAAAGAAAGUAAGCUGGAAAAUAAAGAAUUGGAAAUGGAAUUUGAAAAAAUGUGGAAAGAAACAUUUUCAGAAUUAUCGCCCGUUUGUUUACAGAAACAUGAAAUUCAUGAAGAUAUAGAGUUCCAUCUGAGAAAAGACCUGGAUAACAGAGGGAGUUCUGUCAAUCAGAAGAUACAAAAAGCAGGAAGCUUGAUGAAUUAUAGAAUUAACUCUUUCACAAUGAGAAAUGAAUAUUUAGACUUCUCAUUGACCUCCGCUGUGAAACGUUGGUUUACAAAAAAACAGUCUCAGAAAACAGAAAAACUUGCUCAAUCCUUGAUGGCCCAAUGUAAUAGUUACAUUGAAGAGAGAGUCUAUUCCAAGGCAGACUAUGAUGAAACCUAUUGCAGAGAAUUGUUGCAUUUGAUCAAUGAGAAACUUCAACAGGAGGAAGCGAAAAAACUGCAGACUUCUGUUUGCUUUGAAGUUGAUCUGAAGCUUCACAUUUUGGGGGAAGCCGCUCACGCAUUUCAAAAGAUGCAUGAGGAUUUUCUGAAGGAAAAUGAUCCUCAGCAACGGUUGGAGAAGCUGAAACCUCAAUAUUUCUCUAUAUUUAAAGACCACUAUUUGGAAAAAGAUGCCCGACAAAAUAGAGCCAAGGAUUUAUGUGAUCAGUGUCUCAAACCUGCCAUAAUGGAUUAUGUUAGCAAAAGGCUUGGACUAGAAAUCGUGAAUGACAUUCUCAGCAGCGGACAGUCCAUUGAAUAUGCCAGCCGGAGCUUUUUCCAGUUCACUGUGCAGAAGAAGUUGUUAGAAGAUGGGAACUUCAACAACUAUGUGAAAUACAUUAUCAACUAUGAAAAGUUUGUCAAAGCUUGGAUAUGGAGGUACAUAUUAGAUUACUACAGAGAGGCUGAGGAUUUGGAAGCUCUGGAGGAAGAAAUUCUAUCCACGAUAAUAAAGAAAGUCAAGGACGCUCUGGAGAAAGCCAAAGAUGAAAGUGUUACGACAGUCUCAGCCUUUCUAAACAACUUUUGUAAAGUGCUGCAGAAAGACCUAGUCAUUUCCAAGGAUAGCUUGGUGGGAAUACAGUUUAAAAACACAGCAGAUCCAGAUCAAUUUUCUACUUUUAUUCAAACCUUCCUUCCUAAUCUCCAGCAACAAAUACUAGCCGAAUUGAAAGAUUUGGAAAUUAAAUCAAAGCUCUCCCAGCUGCCACUGAAGCCCCAGGAUGAAAUCUUCAAACGAGUGUUUGGCUGUGGAAAGCAGUGUCCAUUCUGUAAAGUUCCCUGCGAAGCAGGAGGAGGGGAUCAUAAAAAGCACUUUGCAUCAGUACAUCGUCCUCAAGGGCUAGGAAGAUACCAAAAUCUGGUAACAGAGAAGCUUACCUAUUCUCUAUGUUCUUCUGAUGUGGUUUCCAACACUAAAUUUAGGAAUUCAGACACAGAUUGGAAGGAUCAUCCUUUUAAAGAUUAUCAUCAAUAUUACCCGCACUGGCGCAUUCAGCCAGAUCCUAGCAUUACUGCUUCUGAUUACUGGAAAUUUGUUUUUAAGGAGUUUAAUCGACAGUUUGCUAAGGAGUAUGGUGCUAAACCAGCUGAUCUCCCAGCAGACUGGCAAAAAAUAACCAAAGAACAGGCUCUGGGGAGCCUAAAGGAAGCAUUUACUAUGAAAUAAACAUGCAGACAAUCUCCUUAAAUGGGAUAUACAUGGGAUCAGACAGGAAAAUGAAUAUUCUUUUGAUUUUAAAAGAGACAUGAAAAACUCCAACUUCAAACAAAUAUGUAAUUUCAUCUAUGACACUAUCAGGCACCGUUCAUAACUUCAGAAUGAAAAUCUUUUUUUUUAUUUGUAAGAGAAUCAAGUCUUAGGCUUUUGAAUGCUCAAACCACAAAUACAUUUCACCAGAGACAAGGUGACAUCCAAUAACCAAUUAAUUCACUCCCAAAACAGAUCAACUCUCCUACUAAUUCAAGUAUCAAUACCCUGACCCAUGCAGCUAAACUCAAUGGGUAGGUUGCACCAUACUACAUAAUGGUAUUUUGCCCAACAAAAUCUGUUUUAUUAGAAAAGCUGGGUAGUGUCAUUCCAGAUAAAGGAUUAUCUGCAUUUCUGGGCCCCGUUAUAAUUGGGACACUGUACCAUGAUCAGAAAUUACCAAAUCCCACGCCAUUGAUGGCUCACUUGUAGCGCUCCCUCUGCCCUUCAUUCCAUGUACUCUGUUCACCCCAACCUGUGGUCUGUCUCCUCAUCUUUGCUCCAUUUUGCUUACGCCAUCUACUCACUUCCCCCAUUACCAUGUUUCCUGAUGACUAGGCUCCUCAAGGUAACGGGUGGAAUACACCAUCUAGAGGUUAAGUUGUAGAGCAGCUUAGGGUUCCAGAGCUGAAAAUAAUCUGAUGAAAAGAACUAGGAUUCUAAAGGAGGUCUAACAAGAAGGGGCUCCUGACACAGAGCAGCACCUCACUCUCUCUUCUCUGUCUGUCAGGGGAUGGAUGGUGUUGAUGGCUAAAGACUAGGACACGUGGCUUCUCUUCCUAGUUCUGAGACGGGAAUGUGGGCUAGUGGGCCAGAGGUACUGGGAUUAGUGAUUCCUGGGCUCUGUCCUAGCUCUGCUACUGACCUGCUGUGUUACUUUAGGUAAUGUCACUUCUCCGACCUCUCCCUAUGCCUCAGUUCAUCAUUUGUAAAAUAAGGGAUAAUGAAUCUGACCCACCUCUCUGUAGGUUAUGAUGCUUAAUUCAAUAAUGUUCAUUUCUCUAAUGGAAAACUUUAAAGAAGGGCAAGUUAUUGUUGUGAUUAUUAUUAAUUUGGUAAAACGUGUGUUGGGACAGGGCAGAAAGGGUUUUAUUUUCUUCUUGCAAUACAUUGCUGUUGAUUAAUCCAGGGGUCGGAGUGCUACGCAUACUUUUAGAAGCAGUUACUAAUUUCUACUAGCAAACUAGCCAUGCAUA